AUGAAUAUACUGCAUUCGUGUAUAUACCAACAAUUAGUAUCAUUACCUACUGAUAUAGCUAGUAGUGUUAGUAAACAUGGACCUGAAGAACACCAUAAGUUAAUAGUUGAUUCAACUUUUAUCGCUAUCCCCGAACCACACUAUUCAAAUCAACGUAAAGCAUAUUAUCAUGCAAAAAAUUCAACAAACUAUGCCAUAAAAGUGCAAAUAGCUUGUGACUUUAAUCAUCACAUAGUACAUGUAUCAGAGUGUUAUCAUGGUAGUGUACAUGACAUUACAGUUCUAAGACAAUCAGGACUAUUGGAAUACGCAGAAGAAUCAGUUCAAAUCAUUGCUGAUAAAGGAUAUAUAGGUGAACAAUACGUAAUUACACCAAAAAAGAAACAAUGUGGGCAUGAAUUAACAGAUGACGAAAAGAAUUUUAAUCGUGAUAUCAAUAGUGCGCGAGCGGCUAUUGAAAAUAUUAAUCAACGUCUGAAAACUUAUGCAAUUUUGGGUAGUGUAUACAGAGGAGCUGUUGAUGAUCUCGAUAAAAUGACCAAAAUAAUACAGGUUGUUGCUGCAUUAUGUAAUUUGAAUAUGACUAAACAUCCUAUCCCUAGAUUAUUAUUUAUGGAUCCACCACCUAUUUUAAGUAGUGCAUUUCCAUUACCACCAAUGAAUUAUAUUGAACUGUUUAGUGAUGAUAAUAUUCGUCAAAAUAAUAAAAUUUUACAACCACCACCACCUAUUGAAGGUCCUUAUGAAUUAUUUGGUCUUUAUGUUAAUGGUAUUGAUCAUUCUGAACCAAUUAUACGUUCAUUAGCAGCUCAACAAAUUCAACGUGUUUAUACACGUCCUGAUGAUUAUAAAGGUGAAUUAAAAAAAUUAUGUUUUGCUAUAUUAACAAAUUAUCUUGAUUUAUUACAAAUUGUUUCACGUUCAACAGUAACACCAAGUCCUGAGAGUGGACAUAUAACAUUACGUGAACAAAAAAUACAUGAAAUUGAAUUACUUUUUAUAAAUAUUCAUCAUUUAAUAAAUGAAUUACGACCACAUCAAGCACGUGAAACACUUCGUGUUAUACUUGAAGAACAAAAACAACAACGUGAAAAAACAAGUGAAAAACUUUAUUCAUUUUUAAAUCGUAUUGUUGAUGUUUUAAAUUCAGCUGUUUAUUCACUUAACGAUCAUGUACCUAAAGUUACUAAUUAA